CACCCAGCUGUCACAGCUCUAUGACGCAGGAACUGAGAGAGAGUUCAAGAGGGACAGGAAGAGUUGGUAAAGGAUUGAGAUCAUCAGGAGACUGGGCUGCCUUCAUAGAGCAAGAAGGAGGGGCCGUUUUGACACCAGGGCUGCCUGAGCUGUACCUGCCCUCCAUGCAGUUUCCCAUGGGCCCUGCCUGCAUCUUCCUGAGGAAGGGCAUUGCUGAAAAACAACGGGAAAGAACCCUGGGACAAGAUGAAAUUGAAGAGCUCCGGGAAGCAUUUCUUGAGUUUGACAAGGACCGUGAUGGGUUCAUCUCUUACAAGGACUUGGGGAAUCUCAUGAGGACCGUGGGUUACAUGCCUACAGAGAUGGAGCUGACCGAACUGGGCCAGCAAAUCCGCAUGAACUUGGGUGGCCGUGUGGACUUUGAGGACUUUGUGGAACUGAUGACCCCCAAAUUGCUUGCAGAGACAGCUGGGAUGAUUGGCGUCCAGGAGAUGCGAGAUGCCUUCAGGGAGUUUGAUGCCAAUGGAGAUGGGGAGAUCACGCUGGGGGAGCUGCAGCAGGCCAUGCAGAGGCUGCUAGGGGAGAAGCUCACGCCCCAGGAGAUUGCCGAGGUGGUCCAGGAGGCUGACAUCAACGGGGAUGGCACCGUUGACUUUGAAGAGUUUGUGAAGAUGAUGUCUCGUUGAAGAGGUCCUGGAAGCCCAGACUCUCUCCACCUGGUUAAUGUGGAUUAAACAUUUAUGGAGGACUGAAUUCCCAUAACCCCUUGAAGAUGGAGGGUGGG